AUGUCUAGCAAACCCCAAUACACCACAGACACAACCCCCGCCGAGCGCUACGCGCACUACCGCCCAGACCAGGGCCAAUGGGAACCACCUAAAGAUACCGGCAAAGCCCGAUCGCAGAAACCACAGACUCAGCAGAAGAACCACCUCAGUUCAGACGCCGAAGCCGACGACGAACUACACGAGACGCUGGACUUUGACCCUAUCGCGUCCCGGCAUACUGGACUCGGCGCUAAGGCGAGGCCGGGUGAUGAGAUGGAGGGGUAUACCAUUACCGGGGUGGAGGAUGAGGGGGAGCAGUUGAAUUCGUGA